CUGACACUUCCUACAGGAGCUGUGUGCAAGGUCACUUAUACCUUUAAAAUAACAAGUGUGGCUGCAUCUAAUCAAACAAAUCGGCUUUAACAGAGUUUUUAUUUGCAUAUUGAUAGCCUGAAUCUUGACAGCAGCAGUAAAUGGUACGUUGUGAAAUUAUACAAUGUCAAUGAGUUCGAAUUAAUGUACAUUUUACUUUGAAAUGUGGAGGAUGGUAAAUAUUUGCUUGUGUGUGUGUGUAAUUUAAAAAAAAAAUCAUUUUAACUGGACCUGUAACCUAAUUUUCUAGAAAUUAUAUAAUUUUACAUGUAUGUAUCAGGGCACUCCCACAAUACCUAGAACACAGGAACCUGCACUAUAUUCUGGGAGACGCAUGAUUGGCAUUAUUGGAGUACAUUGACUUGUAAAAACCCCUAUGUGCUAUAUGUGCUAUAAUAGCCAGCAACCAGAUGGUACCAUCUUAAAUCUGGUUGUCAACCUGUGUUAAUUUUGCUAUUCCACCCCCCACCCCUCCCCCCAUAAAAAGAAAAACCUACAAAAAAAAAAAGCCAAGAAGCAUACAAUCCAAACACCGUAAGAACUUAAUCUUGCUGAAAUGCUUUGUGUGUGAAGUAUCUUUUUCAGUUUACAAAAAGGGAAGAUUUUAAUAAAAAUUGGCACUGUUAUAAAUUAAAGGGUUACCGAGUUACACCCUGUUUUAACUUUGUUUUCCUAUUUAAAAUGCUCUGUUGUGCACUAUUUAGUUGGCACUAUUUAACAUAAAUGCUCUAUUGGGCAAUAUUUACUAGGCACUAUUUAACUGAUUCUUGGUUUUGCCAAUUAUUAGAGAUGAUAUUCUGCAUAUUUCUGAUAAUUGGUAUUGAUCUAGAAAUCUACCAAUAUUGCUGAUAAUUUACUCAGCUCUCCCAAUCACCGCCAAGGCACUUGGUUGCAACCUCACGUCACCCAACCCCCCGCCACCCCUACUCCCAAUGGGUCUCUGCAUGCGGAGCUCAACCAACGGCACGGAGGUAAGAUCGUAAAUAAUCUGUAUCGGCUCUUGAAAAAUCUGUCAUUCCCUACUAUUUACUAGGUCCAAAACUGAAGGAUGCCUUUCUAUAAGCAAUGUAUUGGACUGUGCCAUCGAGCCUUACGCACACUGUCCUACAGGCUUCACAUUGCAAGUAUGCUCACUGCGUUGAUUACUCCCAUUGCCAGCAUGCAGUGUAUUUUUUGCACAGUCUUGACGUUAGUCAGUCCGGAAAAGAGUUCCAGGCUGUGCCGGAUGUGGAACUAGACUUAAGCACAAAAUGUAUAAUUUCUCGGUAUGGGUAGCAUUUCAAGCUGAAAUUCUGCACGUAUAGACUGCUUGCACCAAGACCACUUCUAAAGACAGAUAUGGUGGCUGGAAUAACCCUUUAAUGUUACGCCUCAAUUUUUUUCAGCAAAAUCCAGAAAGUUGGUGUCUGUCAUUUUUCUUCUAUAUCCACUUUCUAAUUUUACAAGACUACAAUACUUUUUACUUCCUUAUAUACAAAUGUAUAGAUUUAUACGUUUAUAAAUAUGUAAAUGUUUAUAAGUAAAUUCUUUCCAUGUUUCAGAUUCCUGCACUUAUGGCUUCUAGCAGCCUUGUACUGCUCACUGGACUAAUAGUGCCAUUUUGUACGGGAAUGGUCUGGAUCCUCUACAAGUACCGCUUUUGGAAAAUGGAUACACUGGUUGUUGAUGUGAAGACUCAACAGGCCCUCCGUCGAUAUGUUUUAUUUGAAUCUGUGCAUGGAAAACCAGACAGUGUGUUGCUGACCUUUAAGGAAUAUGCAAAGCAAGAUCGUCAGAUAAAGGGUUUACUGUUUACUGCAGAACAAGGUCUGUUGGGUAAAAAAAUGCUUCCUUGUCUCUGUUAAUUUCGUUCUACCUAUGAGGUCACUUCCAAUAUUCCAAUGUUUAAAAAAACACCUUAGACACACCUUGGUAAUCCCUAAAUCCUAUACUGUUAGGUGAGGAGGGUUGAGGAGCACUGCUUUAAAUGGUUACUCCAGGCACAAUGACCACUUAUGUAAUUUGAAGUGUUCAUGGUGCCUGGAAUCUGUAUGUGUAGCAUUUUUCUAUGAAAUACUAUACGUUUACCCCUGUGCUACUACAGGUGUAACUCCACCUCAUGCAGUGUCAUUGGGGUGUCAUUAGCCAGCCCAGAACAAGAGUUCUGGAAUGGCUAAUGAGAAUUCUGUGUAAAUUUGGCAUCUCUUGUCAGCACGCAAAGCAUACUGGAAACAGACAGCCAAAGACGACAACCUCCACACACACCCAUGUCCUUCCCUAAACCUGUUCUAUUUGACAACCAUCAAGCAAGGAAAAGUGAUAUGAGGGGAGGAGGAUCAGGUUGAGGGGCAACUUGGCCUUGGAGCUGGAAAGGCCAAGUUGCUGGAAAGGAAAGUGGGCCAAUUUCUUUUUUUUAUUGUUUUUUUACUUGGAAGGAUAGUAAAGUUUACUGUGACCAAAAACAGUGUUUUCUUACAACACUGGUAUUUGGUUAGAGUUACCCUAUAAAAAGCUCUUAAGAUCUGAGUUUGUUCAAUAUUUACUGGAUAAAACAGAGGAAAACCAUUAGAACUAAAAGAUUCUUUCAUCUGCCAAGCAAAAAUGAAACAAACUUAGACCAUUACAGGCCAAUUUAAAGGGAUAUUGUGGAUAUAAGGAGAGACCUAGGGGGAGAGAUUCUAUGUUUUUUCUGUGUUUGAUUAAAUGAAUAAUCCACUAGUUAUGAUUUAGGAAUUUAGAGUCAUACUGGGAAAAUGUGCUGGUAAUGGUAAACUGCGCGUACUGUUUAAGUGUUAAAAAAUUUUUUUUUUUUAAAUCUACAUCUUGGAUGAUACAAAUAUCACAGCCAUUUCUAUAAAUGCACAGUAUCUAGACUGAUUGAGGUAAUUUAAGCUUAAUUAUACGCAAUUUUCUGUCCACAGAUAUUUUCCUUGCUGAUGUUGUAAAAAAAUAUAACCCUCUUACUGCUGUCGCAUUGGGCACACAGUGCGGAUAUUCUGCCAUACAACUCUUGACUCUGCUUCCCUGCAAUGGCAAACUGUAUGCCGUGGAACACGAUGAGAACAUGGCAGAGUCAGCUGAAGAAAUGAUAUUAGUAUCUGGCUUCAAAAACCAGCAGGUAAUGGUGAUGGUGACAUAUAAUGCUUGCAUUCCAAUGUCUAAGCCUUCCUAUGAUAGGUCAUAAUAAAACCAAUCAAUAAUGGAAGUUUUGACCACAAAAUGUUUGGUUUGAUCUCUGCUGUAGAAGUCCAUUUGUGAAGUUAAAGCCAUAGGUAAUAUAUUAUACCAGCAUAACUGAUAUAAGAAAGCAAUAUUACAUAUAAUUAAAAGUUCAAAAUAGUGUAUAAUAAAGAAAUUGGCUGGUGUAGAUUUUUCUAUUGGUAUUGGUAUGAUAACUAAUAAAAUUCCAAGAAAAAGACUUUAAAAGGUUUAAAAUGAACACAGGUUUGUUUUACUAAAUAAUGUAGUAUGUUUUAAGCCUUGGGGUAAUUAGCCUCAUCCCUGUUAAUUCUAGGUUCUCAUGACCGGUAUAUAGUCGCCAUAAGGGCAUUCGGAACUUUGGACAAACCCCCCACAUACCUUUCCCAAUAAAACAUGGACACUGGGGUAUAUGGGUCAAAUUGUCCACAGCUUUUAUUAAAUAGUAAUAAUAACUUAACACAGAAUUAGGUCAUUGCCCUAUACCCUGCCUUCACGUCCGUAUCCUUCUGUUAGAUAUUAAAGGCAAUGACCCCACUAUAAAUAACAUUAUUCCAACAUGAACAAAAACGUAAAGUGCCAACAAUUUAUUAAACAAAUUAACCAUGGUAGGAGUGUACCUGGAUACCCUUACCCCACCAGGUUCUGAGCCACUGACAGGACUCGAAACCCAACUUACCAAUAACCACAAUUAACCAUUUCCAUAAUCUUCCUAAUGGGGAGCCUAUUUCCUCUUCUUCCACUCCCUAUCUCACCACAAGCUCAGACCUUGAACCCUUAUGCCGUCUGAGCUCCGCCAUCCUGAAAAACAGUGCCUUCUGCAGCCCUUCCUGCCAACCCAGGUUCAGGAGGUCCCACCCCACCCCACCCCACUGCGGAGAGUUGAACUCCAUCCGAGUGAUAGCAACCCAACCUCUGACUCCCGAUGUCUCACUACCACUCCCCCCACUUUCCUAACAAAACUAGCCAUCAAGCUAUUCACCUUCCCACGGCAGUGAUCAAUAGCCAAUGGGUCGCGCGCAUGCCGCCACUGCCGCCUGGGAACCAUCUUGGACCAGACCAACAUUACCCCAGGAAGCAGGUCCCUCAACCUAUUAACGUCCUGCUUUAUCCAUUUCACCAGCUGACGCUGUGGUAUAAGGCCCAAAUCAUUCCCCCCGCAUGAGAACAAGAAAAUCAGGCCUACCCCCCCUAGCUACCAUCACACAGCAUUACAUACAUCCCCCCCAACAAAAUCCCCUAUAACCGAACUAUCGAAGUGCUAACUGGUCCUUCGGAAAGCCCAACUGCUGCCCCUGAACUUGUGCUGCGGCCCUCCUCUCGGCCCAGAACAUGAAAGAAUGCCCAACAUUCCAGGCGACUUUACCUAUGGAAAUAAACAGAAACAUCACCACCGACUCACAUCACCCCCAAGCCCCCCCCACCGUCUCAAUCCAACAUACCCAAACACACGUACGAACGGAACCUGACCGACUCCCAUCUCACAAUCCUCUUGACUAAAACCUCCCUCACACCUAACAGCGUAGCUUCUGUAAUCACCUCGAUGCAGAAUGAAUGAGUCCCAAACUGACCAACCUGUAACCCCAACUUUGCCAGGCCCAACUGAAAAACUUUGGCAAACUGAAAGUAAGACAGGGAAGAACCAUCCGCAUGCACCAGAAAUGACCCUCUAACCAUGGGCCUCCUAGCCAUAUACCGUGACAUCGUGGUCACUGGGCAUAAGGUCCGUUCCUAUGCCUCUGACAUCGGUUUUGGACCGGGUCAAGUGAACCCGCGAGCAUCCCUUCUUGCACUCGUACCCCAGACGCAUGAAGACCCCCCACCAGCCACCCGGUUAGCGCUUACCAGUUCCCCGAUCCGGAAUGAGCCAAAGAAGGUCAGGAGAAACACCACACAAAACAGAAGCCCUUCAAACUCGUCAAAACAUACCUUGGGCAACACUCCCAUGAGACCCCUUAACACCUUUAUAGACACAGACGUUCGAGCAUCAGGAAUCCGGCGUCCUUUCCGAUACCCCUUAAGCGCCUGGCGAAAAGUCUUUGUAAGAUCUUCCCACCUGUGUAACUUAAACCAAAAUGCCAGCGCGGUCAUAUUCCUAUGUAACACUGCCGGGGUUUGGUUCCCCGCUAACAACUGAAUGUAAACCAAAGCAAUGCGUCUAGUCGCGACUCCCCCACCAGCGCCUGAUCCAACCCAGCCCACGAGCUUUCCCAUGCUUCCUAGGCCUUAUUGUAUGUAGCCCAGAUGCUCGGUGCCACAGAAGCUCUCGCGUAUCCCCCGAGCCUGCCCUACCUCCUGCGCUCCAGGAGCUGCCGUCUGAAACCGGGACCACUGCAAACGAGAUAAAGCAUCAGCCACCAUGUUCAAAUACCCUGUCACAUGCCUUACACAGAAAACCACAUUAAGGGACAUACAGAGCAAAACGAAACGCCGCAAUAAACGCACCACCGGCUUCGAUGAAGCUGACAGAUUAUUAACCGCGUGCACCACGACCAUAUUAUCCGAAAAGAAGACCACUUUGCGAUUCUGAAGCUGGUCACGCCAUAGCGCCAAGGGGAACAACUCCAAGAAUGCCAGGUUGCAAAUGAGGGGACUCUAACCCCACUCCGCGCAACAGCGGCCACCAAAAUAAGCCCCGAAGCCCACGCUACCCGACGCAUCAGUGAAGAGCUCAAGCUCAUCGGCCGAAACCCCUGCCUUUCGAAAGAACACCGUACCAUUAAAAUCCCGCAAAAAUGCAUCCCACACCUCCAGAUCGGCCCACAUAGGCGACGACACCUGGAUAAAAUGGUGUUGCGACCGUACCCCAGCCUCAGACAGGCUCCGGCUAAAAAUUCUCCCCAUCGGAAUCACCCGGCAGGCAAAGUUAAGCUUCCCGAAUAGCGAUUGCAGCUGCCGAAGGGUCACCUUCCAUGCCCGCAGCACUUCCGCAACGACUCCCCGCAGCCCCAGCAGCUUAUCCUGAGGCUGCCAACACUCCCGUCACACAGAGUCAAUUUCGAGGCCCAAGAAACUGAGACAAUCCAUCGGGCCCUCUGUCUUACCUGCCGCAAGUGGCGCUCCGAACUGCCCUGCCACCCAUUCAAUAGUACGCAGUAGGUGAAGACAUGCUGAGGAGUUCGUCAGUCCCCCACAGAAUAAAUCAUCCAGGUAGUGUACCACCGACUUACUGCCCAUCUCCAUCCUAACCACCCAUUCCAAAAAGGAACUGAAUGUCUCGAAGUAGCAACAAGAAAUCGACCAGCCCAUCGGGAGACGCAAGUCGAUAAAAUACCCCACUUCAAAGUAACAACCCAGCAAGUGGUGACUGUAGCGGAAUGGGCUUUGCCACAGUACCCCUCUUUGUAUUAGGGGCUGUCCAUACCCCUUGUGUGCCUCUAUUUUCCUGUGUUGCUACUGCUUGUUACUUGGGGAAACAAGUAACAAAUUAUUACAUUGUGUCAUUGUCACGUAUUCAUCCGCUUAUAAAAAUGUGGUUAAUUGCAUUUGCUGUCCACACAGGAAAAGUUGUGCCAAGCAGCAACCAAAUCCACAGAAAGGUUAAUGCUGAGCAGCAAUUAUGCAAAUGGGAACCUGGUAACUGCCUUUGGGGUCAAAGGCCGGUUACAGCCUAUCAGAUCUAGAGGAGGGGUAUUUAGGCCCAGUUCUCAUCCUGCUCAGUGCCCUGUUGUGGUUUCCCUUGUGGUUGUCCAAGAGCGCGUUAUUGAUUCUGGAAAUUCUGGUUAUUUGACUUUGUUAUUGUUUUUGACUUCCCUGUUUUCUGGCAUCCCUGACUCCUGGCUUUUCCUUAUCGUUGUGUCUCUUUCUGUUUCCCUUGACCUCGGCUAUUCCUGACUAUUCGUUGGUACGUUAGUCCGGCCAUUCUAAGGUCCGGUAUAUGUUACCUAUCAGUCCUCUGUGUUAGACAUUAUGACAUGGCCAUAGAUCCUGUAGAAUUGUGUAAGCACGUAGCUGCUUGCGAAAGGAAACUAGAGGAGAAUGAUCACCGCAUGGAUCAAUUUGCCCAGGCCUUCAGUACGCUUCUGCAAUCUGCGGCUGCUCCUACUGUCUCACCUCCGCCUAUAGUAUUCAAGGCAUCAACUAUCUCUCUAUCUCCUCCUCAUCUGCAUUUUGAUGGUAAUUUCCAAGAAUGUCGGGGAUUCCUUAACCAAAUAGAGUAUCAAUUUGAGGCCUUACCGGGAUCUUUUCCCACAGACAGAGCUAAAAUUGGUUACCUGAUGAAUCAAUUAAAGGUAAAGUUUUAGCUUGGGCCAAUCCAUUAUGGGAGAGUAAUAGGAAUGUGGCACACAAUUUCCAGAAGUUUAUUACGGAAUUUAAACUUACGUUUGAACCAUUAGGCAAGGAGGAAGACGCCUCUACUGCCCUGAUGCAUAUCAAACAAGGGAACCGAUCUAUCUCAGAGUAUGCCAUAGAAUUUCGUACCCUAGCUUCCGAGGUAGACUGGACUAAUAGUGGGUUAAUCUCUGCAUUUAAAAAUGGACUAUCUGAAAUUAUGCUAGAUGAGAUUGCCGCCAAAGACUUACCCAAAAAGCUUAUUAGAUUUAUCACUUUUGUCAUGCAAACUGAUAAUAUAUUGAGAACCAGAGAAGCUACUAGAAACAAGACCAGACACAUGAAUAUGCAUUUAGCACCCCACUUCUCCAAACCUAUUAUCCCUGAAUUUACUGUACAGUCCGAACCUGAACCCAUGCAGUUGGGGGUCACUAGACUGUCGGAAGCAGAAAGACAAUAUAGGAGAAAAGAAGGCCUAUGUCUAUACUGCGGUAGAAAAGUACAUAUGAGAAACAAUUGUCCCAUACGUCCGGAAAACUACCGCACCUAAGCACCUUAAGGGGACAGGUCUUUGAUGUAAUGGAAACGUCCCCUGGAAUGGAUAAAAUAGGUUUCUCCUUGAUAUCUCUAUUGCCUUUGAAAAGAAGAACUUUUCAUGCAAAGCCCUGAUGGAUUCAGGUGCCGCUGGAAACUUUAUCAACGUUCAGUUUGGUUAAAGGUAAUACUAUACCUAUCAAGGAGAGACUAUCACCCCUAGCUGUUGAAGCUAUUGAUGGGAGACCACUCUCACAACCAUUGAUUACUUACCUAUUAAUUUGUCCAUUGGUGCCUUACAUAAGGAAGAGAUUACAUUUCGGGUUAUUGCAUCCCCUUCCUGUCCAAUCAUAUUAGGCUUUCCAUGGCUUAACAAGCAUAACCCUCAUAUUGACUGGGCUAAUGGGGAAAUAUUAGAAUGGGGUAAGGAUUGUUAUAAAAAAGGGGUAUAUUGAAUGUUGCCAAAAGAGUGGGCACUAUUGGAUUACCCACUAGUACACCUCAAAACCCGGAAAUCCCUAUACAGUACCAAGACAUUAAAGAAGUAUUCAGCAAAACUCAGUCGAAUACUCUACCUCCUCACAGACCUUAUGACUGUUAAUUUACUACCCGGCGCUAUGCCACCUAAGGGAGCAGUCUAUGCUCUGUCACCUCAGGAGAGUAGAGUAAUGGAGGAAUAUAUUAAGGAUUCAUUGAAUAAAGGCCACAUAUGAAAAUCAUCCUCGCCUGCUGGGGCAGGAUUCUAUUUUGUAUCUAAAAAGGAUGGUGAGUUGCGCCCAUGUAUCGAUUACAGGGCUUUGAACAAAAUCACCAUUAGGAACGCUUACCCCAUUCCUCUUAUUGCUGAAUUAUUUGAUAGACUCCAAGGCGCUAAAGUAUUUACUAAGCUUGAUCUUAGAAGUGCUUACAAUUUAGUGAGAAUCGAGGAAAACCACGAGUGGAAGACUGCAUUUAAUACCAGAAAUGGACACUAUGAAUAUCUAGUGAUGCCAUUCGGGUUGGCCAAUGCUCCAGCGGUUUUUCCAAGAUUUCAUAAAUGAUGUACUCAGGGAUUACAUUUACUCGUUUGUCUUGGUCUAUCUGGAUGAUAUCCUUAUUUAUUCUUCUGACAUUCAGACUCACCACAAUCACGUUAGACAAGUUCUGCAGACCUUGUUAAAGAAUCAACUUUAUUGUAAAUUAGAAAAAUGCAUAUUUGACCAAUCUGAAGUACAGUUUUUGGGAUAUAAUAUCUCUGCCUCGGGGUUUCACAUGGAUCCUAAAAAGCUGGAAUCGGUUCUAAAAUGGCCUUUACCCACUGGGUUGAAAGCCAUUCAAAGGUUCAUUGGUUUUGCCAAUUAUUACAGAAGGUUUAUAAAGGGAUUUUCUUCAGUAAUAGCCCCCAUCACCAAUAUGACAUGCAAGGGGGUAAGCAGUAUGAUAUGGUCUAAGGAAGCCUUUGAAACUCUCAAACAGCGGUUUGCCUCCGCCGACAUAAUACAUCCUGACACCAGUAAACCUUUCAUACUGGAAGUUGAUGCAUCAGAGACAGGGGUAGGGGCAGUUCUCUCCCAGAGGGAGAGCCAGGAUACUCCAUUGCAUCUUUGUGGUUACUUCUCUAGAAAGUUGUCUCCUGCCGAGCGCAAUUAUGAUAUUGGCAAAAGGGCCAUAAUUCUAGCUCUCAAGGAGUGGCGACAUCUUUUAAAGGAUUCCAAGGACCCCCUUUUGAUCAUUACUGAUCACAAAAACCUGGCUUACAAAGGAGAUGCUAAACGAUUGUCUUCUAGACAGGCUAGGUGGUCUCUGUUCCUUUCUUGCUUUAAUUUUCUUAUUACUUAUAGACUUGGUUCUAAAAAUUUCAAGGCCGACGCCUUUUCCAGACAGUUUGAUACUGAGUCUAUACAAGAGCAAGAAAAGUCUCAUAUCAUUCCCCCGGAAUGUAUCAUUGCUUCCACUAUCCUUUCAUUGUCCUCUCCGCUGCUUGGCUCCAUCAUGGAGGCUCAGUCUCAGGCGCCCUGCAGUAAACCUCAGGACAAAUUGUUUGUUUCAUUGGGGGAAAGGUGUUUCACGACAAUGUGUCUCCUGGUCACCCAGGUAUUAAUAAAUCCACUUCUGCUAUCAUGAGGUCAUUCUGGUGGGAUUCCCUCAGGAAGGAUGUUAAGGAGUAUGUGCAGGCUUGUUCUGUUUGUGCGGUUUCCAAAGUACCUCAUAAACUCCCUCGUGGCUUGUUACAACCUCUUCCCGUUCCUGAGGUCCCAUGGUCCCACUUGUCUAUGGAUUUCAUUGUAGAACUUCCUAGUUCUAAUGGUUAUACCACUAUUCUCAUGGUUGUUGACCGUUUUUCUAAAAUGGCUCACUUCAUCCCUCUCAAGAAGUUAACGUCAUCUCAAGACCUAGUACUGAUCUUUAUAGGUGAGAUUGUCCGUUUGCGUGGCAUUCCUUACAAUAUUGUAUCUGAUAGAGGUUCUCAGUUUGUAUGCCGGUUUUGGAGGGCUCUCAAUAAGAAAUUGAGGAUUGAAUUGUCUUUUUCAUCCUCUUACCACCCCCAGACUAAUGGUACAGCUGAGAGGGCUAACCAGUCUGGAGUUAUACUUGCGUUGUUUCGUUAAAAGCACUCGAGACAAUUGGUCCGAAUUAUUACCAUGGGCCGAGUUUGCUAGGAACAAUGCUGACCAUGACUGCUCUGGGAAUAGUCCAUUUUUUGUUAAUAAUGGCCGGCAUCCUAAUGUCCUACCGGCUGUUUUUUCUGAUACGGCUAUUCCUGCUUUGGAUGACCGUCUGGCUUCCAUCCGUGAUACCUGGGUUAAAGUUCAAUCUGCUCUGGGUACUGCUGCUGACCGUUUCAAGCAUUAUGCUGAUACACGUCGAGGUGCCAACCCUGUUUACCAAGUGGGUGAGAGGGUUUGGUUAUCUUCUCAUAACAUCAGGCUCAAAGUCCCUAGCAUGAAAUUUGCUCCUAGGUUCCUUGGACCUUUUCGUGUCCUUCGUAGGAUCAAUCCUGUUGCGUACUCUCUGGCCCUUCCGGCCUCCUUGAAAAUUCCUAAUACCUUUCAUGUGUCCUUGCUCAAACCUCUUGUUUGCAAUAAAUAUACUAUCUCAAGUGUUCCUCCUCCUCCCUUACUUGUUUCUGGACAGGAAGAGUAUGAGGUCUCCUCCAUAAUUGAUUCCAGGUUUUCUGGGGGCAUUUUACGGUACUUGGUGGAUUGGAAAGGUUAUGGACCAGCUGAUCGUUCUUGUGUUUCGGCAUCUGAUAUACAUGCUGGCCGCAAGAUUCGCUAUUUUCACGCCAAAUUUCCUCUCAAGCCUAGUUCUGCCCGCCCGGUGGGCGUUCUUCAGGUGGGGGGGUAAUGUUACGUAUUCAUCCACUUAUAAAAAUGUGGUUAAUGGCAUUUACUGUCCACACAGGAAAAGUUGUGCCGAACAGCAACCAAAUCCACAGAAGGGUUAAUGCUGAGCAGCAAUUAUGCAAAUGGGAACCUGGUAACUGCCUUUGGGGUCAAAGGCCAGUUACAGCCUAUCAGAUCUAGAGGAGGGGUAUUUAGGCCCAGUUCUCAUCCUGCUCAGUGCCUUGUCGUGGUUUCCCUUGUGGUUGUCCGAGAGCGCGUUAUUGAUUCUGGUUAUUUGACUUUGGCAUUGUUUUUGACUUCCUGUUUUCUGGCAUCCCCGACUCCUGGCUUUUCCUUAUCAUUGUGUCUCUUUCUGUUUCCCUUGACCUCGGCUAUUCCUGACUAUUCUUUGGUACGUUAGUCCGGCCAUUCUAAGGUCCGGUAUACGUUACCUGUCAGUCCUCUGUGUUACACAAUUCUACAUCCUGGAUCAUUCUAUAAUCCAGACAGUCAUUUCAUCUGGUUGUUCGGUAUUAUCCCUAUUUCAGCUGACUUUCCCUAUAUACAUCCUGUUCCAAAUUAUUAUGCUAAUUAUAUUUUUCUAAUUUACCUAAAUAAUUCAUGUAAAUAACAGUCAGCAUAAUUCUCAUGUUAUCAACUAUUAAGAGUACAACAUUUUGACUUUUUAAACAUUUUAAAAGGCCACGUUACAUUUUAACAUAGGACCCCUUAUUUGAUAACAGCUUCACAAGUCUUGCAUCCAUUGAACUUGUGAGUUUUUGGACAGUUUCUGCUUGAAUUUGUUUGCAAGAUUUCAGAAUAGCCUCCCAGAGCUGCUGUUUGGACGUAAACUGCCUCCCACCCUCAUAGAACUUUUGCCUGAGGAUGCUCCAAAGGUUCUCAGUAGGAUUGAGGUCAGGGGAGGAUGGAGGCCACACCAUGACUUUCUCUCCUUUUAUCCCCUGUGAUCCUUGUCUGCAGUUAGCACGGUCCUUUUGGGUACAAACAUGCACAGUCUUUAAAAGUAAAUUAAUUCCAGGCACUUUAUUAGUAAAUCCACACAGGAGACAGCAGUAAAUGGGAAAAAAAAACCAAUUAUGUAGCAAAAACCCUAGCUCGUCUGAGCACUAACUAACUUCAGAUUUCCUAUCUCUCAGGGGUUAAACUAUAACAAAAUAAUACUGGUUUCACCAACCUAGUGUCUUUGUUAGCUCUCAGCACUCCAGUGUUUAGUCAGCCUGCUGCUUCCAGCCCUUCAAGAGAGAAACAAACAUUCUCCCCUACCUGCCUAGCAGGGAGGGGUUUAUUCCCACUGCUGCAGCUGAUUACAUGCAGCUGAGCAGUGGGUUGGAGACAGUCCAAAAACCCUGGCCUGGAUCUAUGUCUCCCAAGAAAACCGCUAAACUGCGGAGUGGAGCACUGGCCCACCCUGCUCUCCAAAUGCUCCACCCCAGGGGCCCAUAACUAAAUAUUCAUUUCAGUUAUAUACACACAGACACACACACACUCCCCCUGGGGUUAAAAAUCAUAUGCCUCUCAGAACAAUUCAGUCGAAAGAUAAACUCCCUCACAGACCACCCCAUUCACCUUAUCACACCCCAUAGCAGCCAUUGAUGCAAAGUUAUUCCUUGCAGCAUGAGAUGGUGCAUUGUCAUGCAUGAAGAUGAUUUUAUUAUGGAAAACAUAGUUCUUCCUUCUGUACCAGGGAAGAAACUGGUCAGUCAGAAACUCCACAUACUUUGCAGAGGUCAUCUUUACACCUUCGGGGACCCUAAAGGGGUCGACCAGCUCUCUUCCCAUGAUUCCGGCCUAAAACAUGACUCCACCACCGCUUUGCUGAGGUCGCAGCCUUGUUGGAACAGGGUGGCCGUCCAUCCAUCUGGACCAUCCAGGGUUGCACGGCACUCAUCAGUGAACAGGACUGUUUGAAAAUUAGUCUUCAUGUAUUUUUCUGCCCAAUGCAGCCGUUUCUGCUCAUGAGCAUUGGUUAGUGGUGGCAGAAUAGAAGGUUUAUGCACAGUUGCAAGACUCUGGAGGACUCUACACCUUGAUGUCCGUGGGACUCCGAGGCAUCAGCAGCUUCAAAUAUCUGUUUGCUGCUAUGUAAUCUUCCUCAAUGUCCCUUUAUCUUCACGAACCCGUCUGUGCUCUUAAUCAGCCACAAAUCUCUUAAUAGUGCGAAGAUUACGCUUCAGUUUUGUGAAAUAUCUAAUGUUUUCAUACCUCGUCCAAGGCAUUGAACUAUUUCAUUCUUUUCGGCAGCAAAGAGAUCCUUUUUCUUCCCCAUAUUGCAUAAAAAUGGUGCUCUGCUUAAUAAUGUGGAACACCCUCCUUUAGUAGUUUUUCCUUAAAUUGGGCUCACCUGGCAAUCUAAUUAUCACAGGUGUCCGAGAUGGUUUUCAGUGAUCAAAAGAGCCCUGAGACACAAUGCCAUCCAUGAGUUAAACUGAAAAACAAAAUAUUUAAUCUUUGUGACACUUAAAUAGAAUUUGCAUAAUAAUUUGGAACAGGGUGUAGUUCGACAAACCCAUGAGAGCAGCGUGACACCAAUUGACCUUUCUAACAUUGUUCACACUUUCUUAACUACAAACACAUAAACCAACUGGGCGAUCCCCGUUCAUAUAUGCGAACACGUGGCAGCGACCAUCUUGGAAUACGAACUGCACUAGCGGGAUUUGGUCGUCGAGUGUCUGGAACCCAAAUCGGACAAACACAGCGGAGACUUCCAUCCUCGUGUAAUUUUGUGUAAACUCUGGGGAACAGAGCGGCAUUCGGUGAAAAGAACCACACGAAGAGAUGAUUUCAACGAACUAAUGCACAAACCAGCUUUAUAUGCAAUUUCGUGUAAUUCAGACUCUCGAACAUAGACUGUCCGCGCAGCCCAGACGCAUGGAACUAUUUUCGGCAUACACCUCGUGUGCGGUCGGUAAAACUAAGACUUUCAUGGAACGCCUGAACCGAUGUGGGUGAUUUUUCAGUAACCUUGUGGGAAAACUUGCAUAAAGGGCCAGCAUGGCCCAUUAAAGAUCAGUUCUGCUCCUAAUACUGAGUGUCAUCCAGUUAUUUAGAAGGGUGAUGGGAGAAUCGUGAAUUAUUCUCUAUCUAUGUCUGUAUUCCCAAAGUAUGCUGCUUGUUCUGAGUAACUGUUGGAGUAACCAGCGGAGGAGAGUCCCGGCUAGAACUAGUGCUCCGCUACAGUGACAUUCCGGGUGAACGGGCAGCAAGUGAAACGUAGCCUCCACAUCCACCUUAGCCAAUAAGUCCCGAUACCUGGCCUUUUUAACCAACUCGACCGCCUGAUCGAAUGAUGCGUAAGAGACAGAGCACAGAUCCCUAUCGAUGUCGUCAUUCACCAACCCCCCUUUCGGGUAAGAGAGGUUCCUUCUUCGGAACCACCCCAAGAGGCGACACCCGUAAGUUAGCCAGAGGAGGCGCUAUGAAAGUUCCCUGCCAUCCUGCCCAACUGCACCUCUUUCGCCAGCUUCUCCCGCACCACCUCCGAGAACUCCGCCACCAACCGCAGAUUGCGCAACCCCCUGACCCCUCCCUGUCCCUGAAAGGAAUGAAGAAACACGAUUUGAAACGGCUUAGCCACGGCACCAUUGCACCUUAAUUCACUGGGGUUAGGCCCUGUGGCAGUGUGUGCACCCCCCGCUGCUGCGGACCCCCCAGCUCUAUUACGCUUGAAACACCUAUUGAGUCCGUGGGCAUCCCCGCAACCCGAGCACUCGUGCUUGAAUCGACAUGCGGACCCCUACUUGCACUGGCCGUCAUUGAAGAGCCAGCAUAAACCCUUUUGCAAGGCAGACGACGACGCGGACUGUCCCCUUGCGCUGGCCACCUGUUGAAAGGGCUGCGCCUUCUGUGCCAUUAUCAGCUUCAUCCAGAAAGGCAGGUCCAUCUGGUCCCACCUCAUACCCGGAUUAGCUGCCAUCCGCUGCCGGAACUGCUCGUCAUACCUCCACCACGCGAGCCCGCCGUACGUGCGGUACCCUUCCCAGAUGCCGUCCAAGUAGCAGAACAAUGGCAAACACAACCCCGGCAACUUCUCGCCCAGGUCGCUGGCCAUGAUGCAGAAUGCCCUCUACCAAUGCCCUCCUUUUUGUUAUCUUUCUUGUCUUCAUCUUUAAGGUCAAGAAACUCCUCUAACGGGAGAAGCGAUCAAAUUUAGCAAAACUCAUCCUUCCAUAAUUUCUCCUUCACGUCCUAUUUCAGGUGUACCCCUAAUAGCCCUGCGAACGACACAUACGUGUGCUGCCGCCCCGCAUCUGGAACGCCUCCAGUCAGUUCUGCACUCUCGGUCCCGACCUCAGCUGCCCCUACCAUCGGUCCCACCCAAGCCACCCCCAGUGCCUGACUCCAAUUUCACCGCAGCCCUCACCCCAUGAGCCAACACCUGGCCCACACUAGCCCCCUGACCACCCCCAGCUCUCAAGGAAAGAAGCAGGGACUGCAGUGUGUUCAGCAAAGUGUGAGAACGAAGUGCAACGUCUGACUCACCGUCCAAGCCCCCCCCGCCAUGGAUGGCCCAGGUGCUGCCCCGCCGAAUCCAAUUAGUCCAGGAUGCGUUGCAUCCGCUGCUUGUGUUCCAACCGGGGAGUCCACCCGAUGCCGAGACGGCCAGAGGAAGAACGACUCCGAGACCUGCAAUGAGAACGAGAAGACCUGAGCAGGGUGUACCGUCCCCCCUCCCACCCCUGGGAGCACCUUCCCGAUUCCAAGGCCUCCCGCUGGGAAUCGACAUACCUCCUCCCCCUGGGGCUACGGCUCUUACCAUCCCCCCUAGGAGACCUGCCCCGCCGCCCCCGCUGAACUACCGGAUGUAGACUGGUGCUGCCUUGCCGAACCGGGAGAGGAACUGCCACUCCUUGACCCCCUAUGGGACCCAACCCUGAGGGACCUACCACACAACCUGCGCCUCCUGUGGUGCCAAGACAUGGGGGACGGCCCCCCACCCACCAAGGUAUGACCCACGGGGUCUACCUGCUAACCAAACUUGCCCAGCACUCCCCCGCCUGAGGAGUAGUCCGACCAACCUCUACCCUGGGCCGUCGGACGCCUACCCUCUGACAGUUCUCCAGCCCGGUGGCGAUCCCCCCUGUGGGCCUGCUCCUGCUGCCUCCUGCGAUCCCCCCUGUGGGCCUGCUCCUGCUGCCUCCUCACCGCCCUGGGCUCAGUCGACGUGGGGACCUCCUGGUUCUUGUAGGUCGCCCGCCGCCGCCCUCCUGUUCCGCAGCCUGCACCGAUCCCAGCUGGGCCCGGAUCCAUGCAGCUCCACGGUUCCUCUCCGCCAUCCUGAGACCCUCCAGCAUCUUCUCCCCGACAUCCAUCCUGCAGGGGAGAGAAAAAAUAAAGCCUACCAGGCCAAAUGAGUGGAUACACGAGGUGAACACAAACUCAGCCAGGUAGGCAAGUUAAAGAACCACUAUAGGCACCCAGACCACUUCAGCUUAAUGAAGUGGUCUGGGUGCUAGGUCCAUCAAGUGUUAACCCUGCCUGCUGUAAACAUAGCAGUUUCAAAGAAACUGCUAUGUUUACAUAUGGGUUAAUCCAGUCUCUAGUGGCUGUCUCAUUGACAGCCGCUAGAGGCGCUUCCGCGCUUCUCACUGUGAUUUUCACAGUUAGAAGACGCCAGCAUCCAUAGGAAAGCAGUGAGAAUGCUUUCCUAUGGACUGACUGAAUGCAUGGGCAUUCAACGGAUGACGUCGGAAGGAGGAGGAGAGUCCCCAGCCCAGCGCUGGAGAAAGGUAAGUGUUUAACCCCUUCCUCCCCCUUCAGCCCGGCGGGAGGGGGGCCAUGAGGGUGGGGGGGACCUAUUAACACUAUAGUGCCAGGAAAACGAGUUUGUUUUCCUGGCACUAUAGUGGUCCUUUAAAAGUGACUCUUCCAAGAUGUCUGCCUAUUUAUAUAGCCCAACCCCUUUACCCACAAGCGACCAAUCCCAACUAGCUACCUCCUAUGCCCGCCUCCUAACCCCUGUCAAGGCCCCUUUCCACUAAGAGUUAAUAUGAGUUCUUCAGAGAUCCCUCCUAUAUUAGCUGUAACACAUGGACUUUUAGAAUAUGGAUGUCCAUUGUGAAGGUCUCCCUGCUCUGUAAGGGGGUUCAUUGCAUAAAUCAUUGCAUUGAUUGAAUUAUCAGGGCUGUUCUUUUUGUGUCAUGUAAUAAUUCCUUAUCAGUCAUUGAGAUAUUUAGCCCUAUUGUGGCUCUAAUUUGGGUAAUCAGCUCCGCCCUCACUUCUCCCCCACCGACAUCCGCCAGUGGGGGAGACCUAAUGCGCAUGUGUGGCAAUGGCCGCGCUCGCAUUAGGAUUCCCCCAUAGGAAAGCAUUAUUUAAUACUUUCCUAUGGGGAUUCCGAUGACGCUGGAGAUCCUAAUGCAUAGCGUGAGGACGUCCAGCGUUGUUUAGAUGACCAAAAGUCAUCUAAGAAACUGGAAGUCCCUCUAGUGGCUGUCUGGUAGACAGCCACUAGAGGGGGAGUUAACCCUAGAAAAACUGCCUACAGUGUCCCUUUAAUUGCCUGCUAGAGUAUGAUGGGGCCUCUUGUGUUUAAUAAAGUUCAAUUAACAGAGCAAGUGAUAAGAACUUCUAAAGUUAACACACUGUUCUGUUAAGAUUAAACCUUGUUUUCAUGGAGGCUAUUUGAGUCUCAGCCAGGGGAGGUGUGACUAGAGCUACAUGAACAAAGUGAUUUAAAUCCCAAAUUGCAGGGCCAUAAUAUAUACACAAAAUCUGCUUAAUUUAGCUAAGCGUGUCUUGGUGCUUAGAGUUUCUCCUUAAAACUGAAUAUAUUUACAUUGAACAAAUUGUAAAAAUAAAAUGUUCAUUAAAACAAUUAUAGAAUUUUAAAAUGACAAUUGUAAUUAGUUAUUAGGUUACAGACGGAAGCACAAAUCUUCAUGAUGAAGCUGUUUUUAUUAAAGGGAUACUAGAGUCACCAGAACAACUACAGAGUAUUUGUUCUGGUGAGCAUAAUCAGUCCCUGCAGGCUUUUUGCAGUAAACACCUUUUUUUCAGAGAAAAUGCAAUGUUUACAAUACAGCCUAGGGACACCUUCACUGGCCACUCUUCAGUAGGCUACUACAAGUGCUUCCCUGGGUAGUGCUGCACAGUGUGCAUCACUGCCAUUCAGUAUCUCCACCUUCUGCAUGGAGACACUGAACUUUCCUCAUAGAGAUGCAUUGAUUCAAUUAAUCUCUAUAAGGAGAUGCUUAUUGGCCAGGGUUGUGUUUAGCUUGUGCUGGCUUUGCCCCUGAUCUGACUCCUUGACAAACUCCUAUAGGAAAGCAUUGUGAUUGGGUCAGAUCAACAAUUCUGAUAAUGUCAACCAAGCAGGCAGAUCAGUGUCAGAACUAGCAGCAGACUGGAAUAAAGUUAAGAUUUUACUAUAUUUAGGAGGGCACGGGGGGGCUAGAUGGUGUUUUUAAUACUAUAGGGUCAGAAAAACAUGUUUGUGCUCCUGAUUCUGUAAUGUUCCUUUAAUUACAACUCAUUUAAUUUCUGUACAAGAAUAAAGAUUGAGAUUGCAGUAAGUGCAGUACCGAAAACAGAAAAAAACAUGAUGUUUUAUCCCUUUUGUUUUCCAGUUUUCUAUGUUAUUUCAACACCCAAUAGAUGCCAUACAUGCCUUGAGCAACCAUAUCAAUGAGAAUAAAGUCGAUUUGGUUUUGAUGGACCAUCAACCUGACCAAUAUCUCCAGGCAUUGCAGGUACUGGAAGAGGUUGGGGUACUGCACCAAGGUACCUUGAUACUAGCCAACAAUAUCGAACAAUCUGCAGCCAAAGAAUUCAUGGAUCAUCUUCAAAGUCAUCUGUAUUUUGAAAUCAUCAGCAGCUGUCAGGGACUAAUAGCAAUACAAUGUACGAAGACAAGGGUGUUCAACUAUAAUGAUUAGGAACAGAUCAACAAAUGUCUGCAAAAGUGACUCUUACCAGUAAAUAUAAUUAGGGAACUAGUGGGGUAUCCAUUGGUGCAGAAGUAAUGUUCAGGGCAAAAUUAUCAGUUGUGGAAUGAAAACCAAUAACUUGAAUUUAGGAUAUUGUGCACACAGCUAGCAUACAUUAUGUAAAAAGGGAUAUGUUUAAAGCUCCAAAACCAGUCCCUGUCUCUGCAGUCUGACAAAUGUAAACAUUUAACAUUUUUACAAACCACAGUGUUUACAUAUGUCACUAAGGAUGUCUGUAGUGGCAGUCAGUCAGCCACUAUACCUUCCUCGUGAAGACUUUCAAUAAUGAAAAGCUUUCAUGUUUGGUGUCAACAAACACAUUGAAUGCUUCUCUUAGAGAAGCGUUGGAUUCGCUCAUUCGAUUCCUAGUGUUUCUAGUGAAAAGUAUUGAAUUGGCCAGAGAUCAUCCAUGAGGAUGAUCUCAAAAGAGCAGGAUUGACUGUCGUGACGAGACCAGAACGACGCUAGAUAAUAGUGUUCCUUUAAUAUACCUUAGCAGGAACUGAGUAUUGAUAUAUUACAGGAUAGUUGUAUUAGUCUCAAACACCAUCAUAUACUAUGAAUUCUAUUUGGUAAAGAUGAGUUUUCAAGCAACCAUUAACAGGUUUUUAUUACCAGACAGUUACAUAAAGAUGAUCUUGUCUACUGAUGAUUGUCAAUAUGUCUCUGCCUGUAUUACUCCCAGCACAUACUUUUAAAAUAUACAAAUAUAUAGCUAGUGUAUUGUUGUCUUCACUUCUUUGUAUUCAGCAUUAUUAUUAUUAUUUAUAUAGCGCCAUCAAAUUCCGUAGCGCUGUACAAUGGGAUUAGUACCACGUAUCAACUAAAAAAAAAAUCAUAGAAUCCAUAGGGGUUAUUUAAAUACUAACUACGAAUUCUAAGCCAGGCUACAUUUGUCUGAGAAUAAUGAGCAUCACAGUUGAAAGCAUCUUGAGGUAGACCUAAACCUAGCCCCAACCUAAACCCACUACCUCUAUAAAAUAAGGAGAUACCAAGGUAACUCUUAUCAAUCUUUGGCAAUGAGGGGGGAAAAAACAUUAACAGCAACUCCUAACCCUAACUGGUCUAUGAAUGAAUAAUGCUGUAAUGACACUGUCCUGUAAUUAAUUAAUUAAUUGUCGCUACAAAGCUAAAGCUUAAUCUGCUCUUGUCAACACUUACACAUGCAGACAAGGUGAGAUUUAUCCCGACAGGCAACUAUAUGAGAACACUAGACUGAAUGUGGACCUGUUUUGGCACAGGAGAUGCCUUCUCUACUCUUAUCCUUGUAUGUGGAGAAGGCAUUUGACAAGGAGGAGUGACAAUAUUUAUUUAGUCCCUUGAAGCAUUGGGGAUUUCAACUGAGGCUUUCCGGGUUCUUUAUACUGGUCUAAGUACACAGAAAAUUCCAUAGGGAACUAAGGGGGCUCCCUUUCAAAUUAGAAAUGUAAGGAGACAGGGUGUCCGUUAUCCAUACUGUUGUUUGCUCUUACUGGAGCCUCUUUUUCACAGGAUCAGAGAGAAUCCAUGGAUCAAGGGUAUCGAUAUAGGGACUGAGACACUUAAGGUUGUUGCACAUGCAGAUGGUGUGGUUCUCACAUUGAGAGACCCAGUAGUCUCUUUGGACCCAUGGUUUGAGGAAAUGCGCAUACAAUCAUCUACAGACCUAAAGCAAGGGGUGGGUUGGAGCUAUCAAACCUCCUAAUGUACUUUUAUGCAGCAUAAUUAGCGCACAUGGUGAUGUGGCAUGCACCAGUAUCCUUCUUAGCUAUUUGGGAUAAAAUAAUAAAUUCCAGCUGAGCUCUAGACUUUUGCCCAUAACUCUGAUAUUGCACAGUAGGAACUUUUCCCCCAGACAUGCGUCCAGACAUUUGGAAAUCCUAAAGACACUUUGGUACAGAGAUACUUCCAAUAAUGGGAGAUAGAUGGUGUAGUAAGAUUCAACACUAUGAAAGAGAGACGCAAACUAACCACCAAAGAUUUCUUUCGGUUUCUCCAAAUUAGAUAUUUCACACUACAACAUGCAAAACCACAGAUCGUCGCGACUAUUCUCACAUACUUUGAAAAUCUAUGCCUUCAGGGUAUUUACAAUAAUAUCAGUUCACUAGAACGAGAGUGGGGCCCCAUGAUCACUCUAGCAGUGAAGAAUGCACUGGCAGGCACUUCAAUAAAAACUGAAGUACCAGUCAUCAAGGAGGUACUGGUCACGAUAUUGGAUAACCAUUUGAUGGAUCAGUAAACCACAAUGCCUCACAAUACCUUGCACUCGUUUAAUAAGAUUUGGGAGCAGUAAAGGGAGUAUCACUCAGGUUGAUUCGAGCAUGGUUUGGCAGUUCUAGUUGCGGUCGCGUUACCAAUUAAGUAGGAAACAAACUUUUUUUUGUGUGAUGUCCAUGGGAAAAGUUUAUAGCUCCAAAAAUUUGUGCAAAUUGCUGUACACCGGGAGCUGGGACAGCAUAUAAUGAUGCAAAAUGUUAUGACAUGUCAAGCGACCCUUUUAAUGGUUGGUUACUCCAAGCACAAUGACCACUUCAGUGUUUUGAAGUGAUCCUGGUACUUGGAGCUCGUAUGUGCAGCAUUUCAAUUUGAAACUCUAAACAUUACACCUCCAUCAGAUCACUUAAAUAUCGCUGUAUGUGCACAUUAUAUUCAUGUCAAUUCUGUGCACAGAAGCUCAUUCAUUGGCACACAGAUGACACCUGUGUCAAUAAAUGAGCAGCUCUGCAUCUUGGGGUUCUUGGAAGCCGGAAUAAUGCCAACCAUUGUAAAACGUAGGGUCUCAGGUUGCUCCUAUCAUCAUAAACACUACAGUGGGCUAUAGUAUUUAUGAUGCUUAAGAUGACCCUUCAAGUUCAUUUUAUAUGCCCGUUUAUUUAUAAUUUGCUAUUAUAAUACUGAAAUUGCCUUACUCUUUGUCUACUUUAAAAGCAAAACUGUUCCUGUCUGUAGUGUGCUGAAUAAAUGACCAGAUACUUAAAUUCACAUUGAUGUUGGCUGUAUAGAACUUGCUACAACACUACAAGUCUUAUUCACUAAACUGUGAGUUGUGAAUUGAAAAUCACUUUGCAAAAUUCAGGACAAAUUGCUUGAAAAAAUGUCUCUUCAUCAGCUAUUGUCUCGGCUUGGCUAUUUUAACCUUAUUUUUCAAAUUUAAUUAUCAGUUGACUACAUUUCACAGUGUUUCAAAAUUCCCACUUGCAUUCCAUUCCCUCGCACAAUUUGUAUUAAUGGCCAGCCUAGAUGGGCACAUUGCUUCUAUCUGCCAAAGCAAAUUUGGUUUGAGAGCAAAUCUACUCCUACAUGAUACUACCUGUUACUACUGUCAUAUUAUACUUGAAUUAUGCAAUUUUUUUUAAAUGCAGUUUUAUCAUUUUAUAGGCUAAAAAAAAAAACAUUUCACUUUAAUAUGCAGUGUUUGUUUUGCAGUCAGUGCUUUACAAUUCAAUUUUUUUCAUCCAAAUCAAAAUUAUACACAGUAAGCAACAGAUAAUGAUAUUUAAUAUUUUUUUUAUUUUUCUUAAAAUCAUAAACAACAUAAAUAAAUAAAACAAAACUGUCUUUCAUUCACACGGUUGACUGCAUUCUUGAGACCAGUACUGUUUCUGUUUUAAAUCUGACUGCAGGAGUAGGGAAGAGUUUUCCAAAUCCCUCUAUAUUUAGGAACUACCCUUAUUCUAAAACUGAACUAAGCCCUGGACAGAAGAUAAAUAAUGAUAUCUAAAAAAAUUUUUUUUAAAAUUGCAUUUAAUUUAUCAUGUAUCUCUAUGAUAAAUGAUAUAUUCAUUGCAUAUGAGGGGGUUCAGUUAAAGUGACUAUUUUAACCCAUUAGCAAUGAUCCUCCAUGUAUAUCUUUUUACUCACUACAUCUUUGAGAUGAACCCAGCAUUCUAGAUUGCAACAUUCCUAUUUAGAAUUUGCUCUGUAUUUCAUACCAUGACUUUAAUUGUGCUUGUUUAUUUAUUGCCUUAUUCUUGUGGGGGUGUAUUGCAUUCAAUAUUUAAUUGUUGUUGUUUUUCCUUUUAUCCUCUGUCAUUACUGGUAUUCCAAUUCAUUCUUGCCUCAAACCCCUAUAAUACCUUCCACUCAGACCAUAACAUCCUCAUGAUUAAUUUAAUCGUGUUACUUAAUGAUAUGUAAUCCAAUGCAGAACCACUCUGAGGUUAUAUAUGUGUAUAUGUAAUGUACAAUGGUCUUAAGAACUUAAUAUGAACUGCAUGAUAAUUAUGAUUUUAGUAAGAGAAUGUAAAAUAAGCAGAACCUUUAUAUUUAUGGAUAAAUAAUGGAAACUGAGAUGAUAGUAUCUUUAUGAAUAAUUAAAAAACAAACAAAAAACUAAUGUAUACCAGCAUGGCAGCCGUAGAAAAUAUGAAAGUCUUCAACUAUUUCUUGAAAGAAGUGUAUUUGUGUGUAUUGUCAUAUUUCUAUUUAAAUACAGUCAGUAGUGGUGUGCUCACAUGAGUACCUGUUUGCAUACAAUUCCAUUAUUGUGAUGGAUACACUGCAACGAUCUCCCUCGCCCACUGCAAUACCUCACUGUCAGGCUUAUGUACAGUACCUUCAGUGUGAAAAAGGCUCUGAUAGACAGCUUUCAUUAAACACCAAUGAUAACUCCUUACUCUAGUGAUCGGGCAGCACCAAACUGUAAAGGUCUCAUGAGGUAGAGGAAAUAAGUUGCAAUAAGCACCAAUUCUAGAUCAGUAAAUCUUCAAAAAAUAUAGGAUAGACUUGGCAUAUUGUUACACUGUAAUACACGAUUGUAUGAUAUCACAGUGUAUAUAAAUAACACUUUAUAUGGUUUACAUUCACCGAAAUAUCCAUUACACUCAUUUGCAUAAAUUGGUGAGACCUACAGUUGAACAAUGGGAUGGAAAUGCACAAAUGUGUUACUAGUGCUUCACAUGAUGGGAUUUCAUGCAAUAAAGUACGUGUUGUGUUUUGUGUACACAUGAGAUAUCGCAGGGCUCAAAAUUUCCACUCGACAGUAGUCUUUGGAAGAUUUGCUCCUGGUGAGUGUGCCAUAGAUCCUGCAGGCUUAAAGUCGAAAAGUAACUUUUAAGACCUGGCUAAGAGCAUAGAACUAAAAUGUAACCCCUACAUUGUAUACACAUUGCACUUGUAUCUAAUAUGAGACUUUGCAUUCAGGAAUCACAAUGCUAUCAGUAAUACGGGUUUGCCCGUUUUUAUGCAGAUCCUUGUAUAAUUCAACAUGUACUGGUUGCUCAUUCUACAGUAUAAGGGAGUGCUGCACACAAGUAAAAUAUGUUGGAGCUCUAUGGGUGAGGGUCCAUUACCCACCAGGAUAACUAAAGAUAGGAAUCCACAGGCAUCACCGUGUAGGGUUCAAAUGGAGGGAUUUAAUCUGGACAAAAACAACAAAAUAUUAUACAAUGUUUAGUCUGUGAGGCCUUAGUCAUGUUAUGGCCUAAACGUUGUAUGUUAUGUCCUUUUUAUCCAGAAUAAAUCCUACUAUUUGCACCCCACACUGUGAUGCCUGUGGAUUCCUAUCCUUGGUUCCUCAAUCUAAAUGUUUUAGUAAUGCACAGCCACUUCUACUGAAUAGGUGAACAAUAUGAUGCACAUGCUCACAAUAUACACAACAAAUAUUUCCAUUAAGAGUUUUCCCAAGAUAAUGCUUCUUUCAAAAGUAAUAGUUCAUGCUUGUUGCCUUUAGUUGGCUGCUACAAGGUUGUUUCUUGCAAACCAAGUCAACCUCUACUUUGCAUUGCCAAAUAAAGGUUCCACCAUAUUUUACGUACAAAUAUCACAUAUAACAUUUAUAAUGUGUUGUGUAUCUAGACAGAAGAGGGAGUAUGGUUACCACCAGGCUACAAUAAAUGCACAUUGCUUAUCUGAGCCAUUGUGGUAGUUAAGCGUAGUGUAUGUUUUAUGAGAAUUGUGAUGGUGAUAAAGUUGUUGAAAACGCGAUCCCCUAAACCAAAUACUUUCUCAACAGAAGCUCCAAAGACAUUUCGCAUAGUGAAAUAGUGCAUAUUUCAAUAUUUUUUCAUUUAAAUAGCAACAGCAGUUUCUCAAAAUAUAAAUUUCGAGUUUAUCCAUCUACUGUGCUUAGGAAAUUUGAAUGAAAUUGCAGACAAGGCCGUUAAACUGAAGACUUGGAUGAACAUUUUUGCACAACACGGUCUGUCUGUAACUUUAUAAGUUUUGUUAUACUACAGGAUAUUUUUGUUGUGGGUAGUUUAGCACUCUCCCAAUGAAAAUAGUUUUAUAGACAUAGAAGUAGAUGUUCAGUCCCUCCUCACUACUGGUAUCAGGUAUUAAGAUAAUCUCAUUUAGAACCAUCCACUCCUAAAUUCUUGCUGCAGGCUGAAAGUCUCAUGAGCACUUCUGAAGUGUUGUCACCAUGGGAUUCUGCUUUCUGAUUCAGCAGCAUCUCAAAGAGAGAACUCAUCUCAGAGAGGAAGGUACUGGCGAGUCUGCUCCCUUGGGAUUCGUCACAGGCUUUGCCAAAAGUCAGGAAAGUUCUAAGUUCUUCUCUCUCAGCAGCUGUUAUAGGAGGCUGUUGUGAUAAUUGGCUGUUUGGAGUAAAGAUAUUUUCCUUGUAGCUGUUUGCCAAAGGCAAGGAGAGUCUGGAUAUCCAUCCUGGGUCUAGCUCACUGAAUCUCUGGACUCCAGAACCUGUUAUUUUAAACAAAAAUUUACUUAAAAUAAGCAAAACCUGAAAAAUUAUGGAUAGAUAAUUACAAUGACAGUACUUUUAUGUUAUCUAUUUUGAAAGCAGGGUUGUUUAGAGCCGCAAAUACAAAAUAAAAGGACAUUACGUAUAUGCACUUUUGGUAGCUUGACGGUGGAAGUCCUCACGCUCUGCAUGAGGACAUCCAGCGUCAGUAAAAAUCCCCAUAGAAAAUCAUUCCUGCAAUGUUCUCAUAUUGGGAGAUUCUAAAGCACUUAUCCUUCCAAUUCCCCCCCACUCCCCCUGUCGCGUAACAUCGGAACAGGAGAUCGAUACUGGAAUCGUGUGAGUAUAAAAAGGGCUGGGGGACUCCCUUUAAAAAGGUUAAAAGAGUCCCUGUGGAUGUAAAACAUUUUCAAAUACAAAAUAUAAGCAAUGAAGAACUAAAAAUCUAGUACAUUAUGGUGUAUGCCUUUCUGAAAAAAAUAGGUUUCAAGUUUGUUUUGUUCAUUGUAUCUUAUUAAAUUAAUAAUUACCUCCACAUGGCCUCAAUAGUGUCUCCAGACUAUCCUCUAUCAAUUGAUGACUGGAGGGCAGAUCAGCUCCAGGCUCAGAGUCCAAGUCUCCUGCUUCACUCUCACCAUGACCACUAUCCUUUGUACUCUGCCAGUCAGCAUCCUGUCCUGCAGAUCUGAAGAAGAAUUUAGUCAUUAAUAGAGAUCAUGCAUACUCUGUGUAAAGUUUUUUUUUCACAAAUACAUACUGAUGAUAUCACUCUUAACACUCCAAAAAAAUACAGCUAUUAACCAGAAAGUAUGCUUCUUCUGUAUAAUGUUACUUUUUCUUAAUUUAUCACUGUGUUACUGUGAACAGAAAUGUAUGUGCCUAGACAUAGCGUAAAACAAAUAUAUGUUUAAAAUGUGCACACAAAAAAAUUCUUACAAAUACAUAUAAAAACAUUCAGAUAACCAACAUACUCAGGAUUGCCUUCCUAUACAGUAUCACAAAGCACAUAGAAAAUGGAUAUGCUUCUUAUAAUAGGACAAUUUUGAUUAAGUUGCGCAUGUGCCUUUAAAAACAUUUUGUACGCUUGUAAAGGUACUUGUUUUUGCUUUGUUUUAUUGCUG